AUGCCGACAACUUCUGAGAUCUUCACGAAUCGGGCGGAUUACAUGACUCCGCCGUCGGCCCAGGCGGGAUGGGACGAUGAUCCUUCAGUAAACACUGGGGCCGGAGUAGGCCUAUUGAGCCCUUUCGGGCCAGUAAUGGCAGGAGGGGAAGCCAACUUACCCGACGAAGUGACAAGGACAGUUGAAUCUCCCAAAGAUUUGUUUCGCUUGGAUGAAACGGAUCUGGACGACAUAUCUUGGUUCGCGACCCCUAUGGACAACGCCUUUUGGCUGGGCUCUUCCUACGAAGGGUUUAGCAGCACAUUUGGCAUGCCUCCAGUGUCCAAUGGGGGCUCCAGCCGUACUCUUGGGACGCCAGCUGCAAUGCCCCAAGUGACCUCAGCAUCGAGCGGCUGUUCUGGUCAAGUGCAUGGUCCGAUACUACAGCUCCAAAAUCACCAACCCCCGAAACCGCUGGACCUAGAAGUCUAUGAUCGAGAGGUAGUUAAUGUCUUCCUGAACAUUUUCUACGACCACGUUCCCGCUUCUUUCCCCGUCUUCAGAAGCUAUCAGAUUGCGAAAGCGAUGUAUAAUGACGCCCGAAGAACGAUCCUUGGGACAACCAGUUCCCUUUUUCGAGAUGCUGGGACAUUGGCGAACUUAGAUGAUGCCCUGAUUGAUAUUAAAACUCUCCUUCUACUCGAGAUAUAUGGUCUCUGUAGCGGUGACAGACGAAGCUACGAAUUGACAGAGGCCCAUCAUCUGGACUUGCAGCUACAGGCUCACUCCGCGCGAAUUGGCGCCCCUGAAGAAGAGGUCAACCUACUGGAGUCCUUGUACGCGCUCGACUUGUACCGGGUGGUCAUCGUGCAACGUCCUCCAAUGAAUCAAAGCUACCGGACGGACAACUGGAAUUCUAGUAUAAAGAGCUCCGAAAUGGCGGGUUUUCUUGAUCUUGCGGACGCCCUCUCUACUCCUGGGGCCGCCAUAGAGAAUCCAAUUAUGAGAAAGCAUCAUUUUGGAGCUCUCGCAUCGCUCAGCGCUUUUGUCUGGCCUGCCCUCAGGACGAGGUCAGAGCUGGGCCACCCAGAAAACCCACUAUGGAAUGUGGAUUUUGCAGUGGCAUGUUGCGACAAAUGGCUUCGCGGUCAGGGCUCCAAUAAUGGCUCGUCAUCUUUGGUCAUGUAUCAUACUACUUCUCUCAUGCUUCAUGUUGAUAUAUUGCUAUUACAGAGAUUCGCUACCCGACAUUCGGACAUCGAAUCUCAGGGGCAGGAUUUGAGUGGCCCGUUCAAGGCGCUGCGGACCUGGGCUCACAGCGAAGCCCACCAAGCUGCCCUGUGGCAUGCGCGGUCCAUUUUCCACUAUAUUGAGACCAUAUAUGACCGCACUCUCCACAGAAACAGCCAGGCCCUCCCGGUUGACUCAUCCACUGCUCGAAUUGUCGGGAUCGAGGGGUCCUCGGUGUCUCGACGUCUAACCAUCGCCGAAGCUCCCCAUGUACCAUAUGCAACGUAUUUUGCUACGAUUGUCUUGUGCACCAGCGCUGCCUUGAUGCAAGGCCCGGACCCUGAGUUCACGGCAUACCUAACCAAGGGAAAGCAUUUUCUAUCACAGAGUCGACUGUGCAUUGCAAAGCUACUGAGCCGAGUGCUAGACGGGGCUCGAUGGCCCUCUGCCUUCACUGAAGCUCGAUCAGAAACGGCGAUGCAAUCAUAG